ACGAAAGAAAAGCAUCUCAUCAAGAUACGCUACACUUUAUACAGACUACAAUACGCUCACCCGGAUCUCGUUCCCAGCUUCUUGUAUACAGUCACAGACUUGCAUUGCCCGCUCCCGCCACUCAAUUCUCUUAUAUCUUCCAUCCCGCAUUCUUGUUUUUCCCCUCCUCACCGAGCCCCCGCCUCUUCUCAUCGCCUUCUGUUCAGCAUUUUAUAAUUACACGUUCACUGCAUGGCCAGCCGGUCCCGCUUUGUCUUCAACAGAAAAGCAUCGGUAUCUGGUAGCUCGCUACUGUUCGGGGAUUCUUCCUUUACUACUUGUUUCUCUUAUCGUUUUAUUAGCCCGCAAUACUGAUAUGGGCUUUGAUAUCACUAGCCCAACCACGGCGUCGGAUUACGUUCAUCGCGCCGUCAAUUUACGACGGAUCCACCAUGCUUGGAAGAAACAGUACGAUAAACCGCGUCGUCAAUCCCUCAGAACUGUCGUAUCGCUCGUCGCCUGUGCAUCCAGCAAUAGCGCAACAGCAUAAUUACUAUCAUCCAUCAUCCGCCACUCUUGACUCCAGAGAGACCGCUUCUCCGACCUAUUCAACAAUCACACCGUCCGCUCCUUCUUCAGUUGCGUCGCAUACACCCCCGUACUCGUCUUCAUCACCGCCGUCGCAUGAUGUACCAGCAUAUGUACAAUCUCUACCUCAUCAACCAUACAACAGCAAUCACCGCCCUUACCAACAGUUCUCUGACGCUCCAUCCUCCACGAUGACCGCAGCAUCCUCCAGAGAAGCUGGCAACCCUGAAUCCACAAUGGUAGGAGCCAAUUCGCGAUACUAUCCCCCAGAUUAUCAAGCUCAUCCUUCUGGUGCGUCCUCCGCUGGCCACUCCGGGCCAGUCCACAUGUCUGCAAUAUCCAAUAUACCCUCUCCUUCGUCGCCACAGCUGCAUCCCACCCACCCGUCAACGCGAUCGUUAGGGAGUUCAGAGCCAGCUUCGCCUAGUCGAAUCAAAGUCCGUUCUCUGUCGCACAUUCAAAGCUUUGCUAGUGAAGAAUUCUUAGAACAAUCUGAGCAGUCGAGAAGAGGGACUGGUGGCAGGCCGUCGGAGCUCACUCGUCAAUAUGAAAUCAGCUCAAUGCCGGUGGCGGACAUCAUUGAAAUGGUCGCGGGCUUACUGACAAAGAUUACUGCAACGAAUGAUAUGCAGCAUGAACAUAUUCAUCGUCAUAUCCCUCCUCCCGACGGCACUGCUAACCUGAGUGCGCAAGCCAGCAGUGUGCUUGCUUUUCACGGCAAAAAUGUGCCAUCCAUCACCAUUCUUAAUUAUCUCGCGCGAAUACACAAGUACUGCCCCACGACGUACGAAGUAUUCCUCAGUCUGCUCGUCUAUUUCGAUCGAAUGACGGAGAUGGUGAACAGCCGACCUGUCCACCGUAGACGAAUCAGGCUCGAGCCCACAUCCACACGACCUCAUUUCACAUCGGCCGCGACACAUGGACCUUCGAGUGGUUACCCGUCAGUAGUCACACCGCCAUCUUCCAGCGGAAUCACAGCACAAGACUUGAAAUCUUCCGAGACCUCCGUCCCUUCGUCUUUACAGCUGGAUGAUGAAGAGGAGGAAGAGUUGACCAACUUUUUUGUUGUUGACAGUUUCAACAUACAUCGACUAGUUAUUGCUGGUGUCACUUGCGCCAGUAAAUUCUUCUCUGAUGUCUUUUACACCAAUUCUCGUUAUGCCAAGGUUGGAGGACUCCCUCUUGUCGAACUGAAUCACCUUGAACUUCAAUUCCUUCUCCUCAACGAUUUUCGGCUAGCAGUACCGGUUGAGGAACUCGAAGCAUACGGAACGAUGUUGGUUGAGUUUUAUGCACGAGAAGUAAUUGCUCAGCAACAGCAAGCUGUCCAAGGCAAUAUACCCAAUGCGAUAAAUUACCCAGGCCGGGAACAUCAGCGUCAUCACCACCGUCGCGAUGGGUCCGAAUACGGGCAGGCGCCAACACCACCUCGGACGUGACGGAGCACCCAUUCAUUGACUCCACUCGGUGGAGACGAGUCAAUCUUUCGGUGGUCCUUUUCUUUUAUAUAUGAGCGUAUACAACGUGCCUCUUUUCACCGAUCAGUUACAUGAAUCCGCAUCAACAUAGAACGGACGUGGGAGUUUUUGUUUUUCUUGCCCCGUUUUUAUCUGUUUCCAUCAAUUGGCUCAUACACUUUCUUCUUAUCAUUGCACCUGUUUCUGGCGAAGCGGAUUCUUCUAUGUCGCAGUCUAGGUACGUGGAUAUUUUUUGUGUAUGUAUUUGUGAUGGGGAUACAUUUGUCUUAUUGGGUCCUUGAUAACGAUUAGUAUUAUGUGUAUGUCCUCCGUUCCUCCGCUUGUACGGUAUUGAUCUCACAUCGUCUCUUGGG